AUGAUCAUUCUCCCAAAAACCUUGCUCUUGGGGCUCUACGCUCCGCUCCUGAUUUCCGCAUCAGCCAUCCGGUAUGAGCGCCGCUCCGUCCAGCAAGGAUGGUCGUUGAAAUCGAGCAGCUGUCCAAGUGGAACGAAUUCCUGCGGGGGAGGAGCAUGCUGCCCGUCUGGAUUGUAUUGCUUUGCAGCUCAACAUGAUGAGGUAGCUUCAUGCUGUGCUUCUAAUUCCGUCUGCGUCGGCGCCAUCGAGGGAUCCUCCAAAUGCGCUGACUCGAGUUGGUCACUAUGGAAGGGUUUUCAAGGCAAUGGGUUUUGUUGUCAAGUUGGUUUGGUUGGCGUAUUUGAUAGCUCUGGCAACGUUGCCGGAACGUGCGUUGUGUCUGCAUCAGUGGGAAGUUCGACCACUGCUGUCCUCGUGUCGACUGGCACGGGAAGCUCUGUUACGUCUAUUACUACAUCAAAAACCACCACCACCAAGCAUACUAUCACUUCAACAACUACUACUACUACUACCACCACCACCACCACCAUGACCACUAAGUCAACGACUACUUCCACUCCCAGCGCAUCUACUACAGGCCGUGUUGUCUUUGCUCACUACAUGGUCGGGUCGAUGACUGCUGCAGAAGCUGUAACAGACGUAAACGAUGCCAUUGCUGCUGGCUUUGAUGGAUUCGCCCUGAACACGCAUACAAUCAGUUCAAGUGACACCUGGAAUACCGAUGCCUUGAAAUACCUUUUCACAGCUGCCGUCGGAACCAGCUUCAAGCUCUUUAUUUCGUUUGACAUGAGCUGGGGCCUGGAUGUUUCUAAACUCGCAGCGUUCCUCGCCCCUUACGUGGCCCAGGAAGCGUACUAUUUUGUGGACGGCAAGGCGUUCGUCAGCACGUAUACCGGCGGCACGAUCUCCAAUUCAGAGUGGGAGAGUGGGUUUAUCGUUCCUCUCGAACAGACAUACGGCAUCACCCCUUAUUUCGUGCCCAAUUUCGGUGACUUUUCCGGCUAUCCCACUGGCGUGUUUAGUGCCUACCCUAUCCUGUCAGGGGUAUUUACUUGGGAGUCAGCCUGGCCAGCUCCAGGAACAACGCCCACCAAUGUGAGCGCCACUGUGGACGCUCAGGCGUUGGCCGAGGCGCACGCGGCUGGAGCAGUGUAUAUGAUGCCCCUAUCCUCCUUUCAAUUCAAAUAUCUCGGCUCCGGUCAGGAUUGGUACCGCAUCGGUGAAGAUAACUUGCCCCAGCGUAUGGAACAAAUAUUGAACCUGCAGCCCGAUUUUGUCGAAGUAAUCACCUGGAAUGACGCAGGCGAGAGCCACUACGUCGGCGACUUCUGGGCUGAGCAAAUAGAUGGAAGCUCUAUCGGAACGUACGCGGAUGGCUUCGAUCACAAAGGCUGGCUGCAAGUCAUCACCCCAUUCAUUCAAGCAUACAAGGCCGGCGCCACGAAAAUCUCUCAGAUUACGCCUCCGGAUGGGGCUCCUGUUGGUGCGCUUUGGUAUCGCACGCUGCUGACGACCGCGAGCUGCUCGUCUACUAUUUCCAACCACCAAUCUGCCCUUGAUGCCGUGAACUUUGCCGUCAUCCUGCCUUCCGCCGGUUAUACAAUCAAUGUUUAUAGCAACUCGCAGUUGAUUGGCAGCUUCCCUGGUGUCGCUGGUUUGAAUUACAAUAGCGUUUCCGGCCUCAAGGUCGGCAGUGGUCAAUAUAUCCAGGUUUUGGAUAGUGGAAACAAUGUCGUCGCCACUGCAACUGGCACAAAGCCUGUGGCCGCAGAAAGCACGUCUAGCGUUUGCAACUGGAAUUAUGAGGUUGUUGGUUUGUCUUGA